UCCACUUCGGCUGUGCAGAAGCUUCGCCAUAGCACACUCUACAGACCCGUUAACUCGUUCCGCUCAGUGAUCAGUGUCGGUGCGCGCGUGUCUCAGUGCCCUCGUCCGAUUACUCAGAUUUUGCCGUUCCCGCUGUGAAUCUCGCUCGUUCGCUCGCUCAACGCCACUCGCUGCCAAAGUCCCGUGCUAUCCGCCACAAGAUGUCGCACUCGGUCGUCAUAACGCGGACAACAACCACCACCAGCAGCACGUCGCACGUCGUGCUCAACACGGGCUACCUCCGAACGACGCCCGGUCUGCUGAAGCUUGCCCAGUUGCUUAUCGGCGCGGUUAAUGUCGGCAUCGUCGCGUACAACAUGCGUCGUUACCCGACCUCGGGGUUGCCGGCGAGCGCCGAGUUCUUCUUCCUCCUGAUGGCGGUGGCCUUCCUGAUCGGCACGUUCUGCCUGCUCGCGUCCUGCCUGGUGUCGCUCAGCACCGGCGGUAUCAUCUCGAAGACGAUCUACGAGCUCAUCUACCACACGAUCGCCUUCCUGCUCUACCUCAUCUCCUCCAUCAUGCUGCUGGUCGACGUUUCCAACGGGCGCUACUAUCCGACGCUCAAAGACGCCUACAUGACCGCAUCGAUUCUCGGGCUAAUCGUAUCGGCGCUCUACCUCUUCAGCGCCCUGCUCGCCCAGCGUUCGUACCGUGGCAUCUAAGGGCACGCAGAAGCAAACCGAUGAUGCAUCCAUCCGGUCAGCUCCUAUCGCCCUACUCAGCCUCAGCCAGCCAGGAGCAGCCAGCUACUUUAUAUACCUGCCGGCCGUACCAGUUAAAUCACAGCGGGGGGGAUGCGACCAAUAGGACGUACUUAAUAUUCAAAAAUUGCCCCCGAGGGCACCUAAAUCGACUGCGUCCUUUCUACCGCUAUCUUCCCCUUUUUGUGUGUGUUUAUGUGUGUGUGUGUAUAUGUGUCCUUGUGCUCUCGCAUUUUCGUGCUGGUAUCUGUCUAUCAGCAACGCAGCGUUUCUUUUCUGUGUGCUGGGAAGGCCUCAACCCUAAAUCGAGAGCGUCCUUUUGAACUAUGUUUGCGACUCACACAUGUGCUACAUGGCCAGUGUGUGUGUGCGCGUAUGUAUGUAUGUACCUCUAACGACCUUUUGUGGUUCUUCCAUUUCCAUUUUCAUCUCGUAGCGGUAGACCUAAUACAUCCUUUUUUAUAUUCAUACCUUUCAAUCAUAUAAUAUUUAUAUUCUCUACUAAGUUUUACCGUUGUCUCAAUCAACAAGAGCGGAAACGGGGAGGAGUUCGACAACGGGACGGCCUCGUGCCGCCGCCCCAGCGGUUAUCGCUUCCUCCACUCCACCAGAGCUACGCUCUUGGAGCUACUCUUUUUUUAACGAUUUACAAUAAAAUACCGUGGCAUAAGUGUU